AUGCCCAUUCUCCUGAAGAAGAGACAGCAUGGACACAAAUCCUUGGGCUCUUCAACCAUCAAUUAUCGGCAGAGGAGCAGAGAAGCACAUGGGUGGAUGUGGGGCUGGAAAUCCACAGGAGGGAAUUCAUCCUCCACUGGGAUGCAUCCAAGCAUCAUGAUGUCCUUCAGGUCCUUGCCCAUGGGUAUCAGGGAGAGGUUGAAAGAGGUUGGACCACACCAGGACAAGAAGGGUACUUUUGUGAUGUUCAAGCAGGCAUCCUAUCUUUGGCUGGUGGCCAUUGUGCAUUACCCCAUCAUGCACGGUUGCCUGUUUAUGCACAGUGAACCAAAAGAAACUCCAGCUAACCUGGAUCAAGUGUGGAGUUUAGCCAACAAGGAGUGCACAGAGGGAACAGCCAGAAUGGAGAUUCAUGUGCCACUGGGGAAAGCAAGGAAUACAUUGAGGGGCAUAACCAGGGAGUGUAUCGAGGAAUGCACCAUCUCUGUACCUGCUCGACAGUGGUGGUUGUUCAAACUCCUGACUGCCUGUGCAUGUCAUCAGCUCAUAGAAGCUCAGCGGAAUGCCACUCCCAAGUCCAGGGUGCAGCCUUAUGCACUGGAGCUCACUGCAGCACUCCUAUGGUGCAUCAACAUGCUCAACAGCAGGCCUGCCACAGGCUCCUCAGAGAAUGCACUCAUGUGUGCUUCCCUCCCAGUGACCAAUAACUUCUUACACCCAGAUGUCCUGGAUGGAUGUGACAGAAACCCUCACAGAGACCAGGCUGAGGGUGAACAAUGUCACCCAUUUGCACCUGGAAAUGUUCUCUGGUUCAGGGACAUCAGUUAUGGUGGCCCCUCCAACCAUGGGCGAAUCGCCCCUUCAUUCAGGGCACAUACCACACUUGGACUGGUACGAUGGUGGCCACUGGAUGAGGACCAUUUUAACCACCUCCUGGGCUAUUCUGUUGAGGAGAUCAAAACACUGCUCUCAGCCACCCUCUACACUGUAGUAAGAGCCCCUUUCCGUCUCCCCAGACCUCACCAUACAGAAGCCCCCCCUGUACUCGAACCAGAACAUGAGCUUCCAGCCAAUCUUCAUGUCAAACUCAAGAAGCACCAUAUCAAGCACCUGAGGACUGCCUACUCUGUUGAAGACCACCAUUCUGUACCUCAGCUUGUUCAAGGGACCACCUCAAUAAUCUACACAAAGUCUCUCCACCAGAUUAUCCAUUAUUUCUAUUCCAACAUCCUGCAGACCAUCCCAGUACCACAGACCCCAUCUUCUGAUCUGUUCUAUCACAUCACCUCCAAUGGGAACCACCAAGAAUGCAGUGCAAAUACAAUCAGGACAGGAGACAGGGGGGGGCAUAUUCAGUUCAAAGAUGGGGGCAAAGGAUGGAAGAGGCAUCCAUUUCAUGUCUCUUGGUGGGAAUUCAUCAUAAAGUUUGACUGUACUGGUGGUAAUCGUAUCAGAGAGAAAAUUUGGGAGACAGUAUACUCCAAACUUGUUUGGGUGCCAUAUUCAGAGCUUCCACAAAUGUGGUUCACUACAGCCAACCCUCAGAGUUCAGACACUUUCCCUGCUGACAGGGCUGGAACAAGGCUCCCUGUGCUCAUUCUAAAUCCCUUGGUGGAUGACAAGGCUAUGUGGGAUGGGAAUUUGAUUAGGAGGGGGGUGUGGAAAUCUCCCAUCCUACAAGAUGAGGGCACAGAAGACUGA